ACCCGCGCGCCUCUGCACGCCUCCGACGUCGAUGGAUGCCGUAACCGUUCCCCCGCAAUUCAAAACCAGUUCGUUGUCGUCAUUGGGGCGACUCGGGCCUCGCCCAUGCCUGGGGUCGCGCGCACUUUGAUGCAUGUUGUGCAUCACACUUUUUCCAUGAAUGACGGAAAAAAUGGGGCAACCGAAUUGUAGCAAAACGUGGUGCAUCGGCCGGUGACCUGUGCGUGUAAACGCCCACUGAUACCUCUUGGAGUAGUUGGUCAAUGAUACGCCCUGUGUCACCUGUGCCAGCCUCGGAGUACCACGGACGGCGAGCUUUCGUAUGUUUGGAUACAAGCUUGUCCGUUGAGAAAGAUCCACGCGAAUACACCGUCAAUGCACACUUGUUCGAGGAUCACAUGGGUCGAGGACUGCAGCACAAGCCGACAUCCAAGAGCACAUGGCUGUCUAUAUUUAAUCGCUGUUGUUUCACGCGCACCCCCCGAUGUAUGACGAAGACGUCUCGCGAAAGAGAAAAA